GACGGAGCGACCUCGUUUUCUGCCACAACAACUGGCACUCCAAGGCCAAAGGGUGCACCCCGAACUUUUAUGAGCAACCCGGCGCAUUCCCACCGCCUCCUCCCUCGCCAACGCCGCCGCCGUUUCUCGCGUCCAGCGCCAUGCCGUGCAUUACCGCCACGGUCAUGCAGCGCAAUCCCGACUGCGCUCAAAAUCUUGCCUUUCCGGAAUCCCCCUCGACCAUCCUCAUGUGCACCGACGCCAGCUGCUGGGAGAAGGCGCUGAAGGGGCCGGCGCCGCCCGUGUGCAUGCCCUGCACCACGUUCGGCGUCGGGUUUGUCAACAGCGCGGCUCCCCCAGGCGGUUUCCCCUGGGCGCGCCACGCGCCGCCUUGCUGCGAGAAAGACGUCGGCCGCAGUACCGUCCACCUCGGUGCCUCUGUGGACGCGCACCCUUGCUGCAAGGUCGGCACGAGGAAAGACGGCUCCUGCGUGCCGUGUGGUUCGGUGUGGGACCGGAUCGGGUGACGCGUGUGACUUGAAGAAAACACCCGCACCGCGAAUAGCCCAUCCGCCUGCACGCUCCACGCUCCACGGACCACGCUCCACGCUCCACGCACCACGGACCACGCUGCAGCCACAAAAAGUCGCCAGGUUCUUUUGUUUUUUCAAAAUGCAAAGAAGAUCAA